AUGAUCGAGAGCCGCCUCCCGGCCACCAUGUCGGGACUCGUCAGGAGCUCAGGGCACAGCCGCCACCCUUCACAGGAGUACAGGCUCGUAGCUUCUGACCCCUCCCAGCUGAGUGAAGAUGACCUCCCCAGUGACUUACAGUCCUUGUCGUGGCUGACAUCUGUUGAUGUUCCUCGCUUACAACAGAUGGCCAGUGGAAGAAUGGAUUUUAGCCUCGGUGCCCAGAAUGCAAUGCUACAACAGACAGGUCCUGUAGCGAGCAAUAUGCACUCCACAGGAGCACCUGGAGCAAUGAUUCAUGUCCAGGCCAGCCUGCCACAGGGAAUCCUGGGACUGAAUUCUAUUUCAACACACGGAGCAAAUAUGAGCCAGUACGCUGUAGGUGGGCAGCCGUCUCCUAGUUUACAAGCACAGCAACAACUCUUUCCUCCUCCUCAUUCGCAGCAAGUGUUUGCCCUAGCACAGAACACGCAACAGUGUAACCCAGCAGCCAUCUACAACACAUCCUACGGGACUCAGCCACACUAUUCUCAGCCACGCCUGGCUCCUCACUCUGCCCAAGAACUUCAUCCAAAGCACUACCCCAAACCGAUCUAUUCAUAUAGUUGUUUGAUUGCAAUGGCGCUGAAGAACAGCAAAACAGGCAGUCUCCCAGUGAGCGAGAUGAUUUCACUAACGUCCUCCUGCAUCUUUCAGACAGCCCCCGAUGGCUGGAAGAACUCCGUGCGCCACAACCUGUCCCUGAAUAAGUGUUUUGAGAAGGUGGAGAACAAGAUGAGCGGCACCUCUCGCAAAGGGUGCCUGUGGGCUCUCAAUCCUGCCAAGAUCGACAAGAUGGAAGAGGAGAUGCAGAAGUGGAAGCGGAAGGACUUAGCCGCUAUUCACAGGAGCAUGGCUAACCCAGAGGAGCUAGACAAACUGAUCACUGACAGACCCGAGAGCUGCAGGCGGCCCAGCAAACAGGCAGAGUCUGAGGUCUCCACCCUGAACCACAUGGCAGCAGCCCAGGGCCGAAUCUCCAUCUCCCAGCUGCAGCCUCAGCCCAUCAUGACGCUCUCGCUGCAGUCCAUCCCCCUGCACCACCAGAUCCAGACCCAGGCUCGCAUCGCCCCAGACUCACCAGCACCUGCACAAACGCCUCCUCUCCAUACUCUGCCCAACAUGAGCCACAGCCCUCUUCCCCACCACCCCAUGGGACGAGCGCCUCCCGACUUCCUCAACAUGACAGCAGACAUGAACACGGAGGUGGAUGCUCUUGACCCAAGCAUUAUGGAUUUUGCAUUGCAAGGUAAUAUAUGGGAGGAAAUGAAAGACGACAGCUUCAGCCUUGAUACCCUGGGUGCCUUCAGCAACUCCCCGCUCCACCUCUCAGACUGUGACCUGGGCACCCCCGGCCUCACCCCCGUCUCCAGUGGCAGGCGUGACUCCCUGGACACCUCCCGGCAGACCCUGGUGGGAGUCCCCGACACAGGCAUGACCGUGGAGGUGUCCAACACCUCCACACCACGGCGAUACCAGCACUGCACUUGA